ACAAACCUUGGAGCUAUUUUUUGAACCUCUUGGGUUGUUCAGAUAAUGAAAUAUGGGACUUUCAUUUGAAAGAUUCAGAGAGAACUUUAAUGAAUGCAAAACUAUUUCCCAGUGACUUUUCAUUGCAAGAAACAAUCCAGUUAUUUAGUUGUGACGUAGAAGAUCACAUUGUUUUGGACAAACUUUUAAACAAGUGGAAAUCAAGUGACAGACUUUGUAUUUCUGACAUUUUAAAAGACAUAAACUAUUCUGAAACAUUUAAUCACCGAAGGUUUGUUUAUUCCAAAAUUUCGUCUGAAAUUGUGAAAAGGACUUUGCUUCACAAUCAAGAAAGGUCUUUGCUUCCGUAUUUUCGAUCUGCUUUUAUUGAAGAAUGGCAUGACAGUCUUAUAAGAGAACUGGACUAUGUUUUACUGUCCGAUGCUAGUCUUGUGGUCAAAACUCGUACCCUGAGCAAUAUGGCUGAUCUUUUGAGUGUAAUGGCUGGUAACACUGGUGUUCUUCGAAGUGGACCUGGAAGUAAUCCUGCAUGGAAAAUAGCUUUCACAAAGCUUCUGAAUGGUGAUAUUGUGGAAGGCAUGAAGUUAUUGCAGAAUGAAAGGUCUUUAUGGAUGAAUCGCCCUGAUCAUUUGAUGCGAGCUGCCCGCCAUUAUGAAAGGGCCACUCAAAUUUUAAUUGAAAGAUCUGUGAAAACUGUAAGAAAGUUUAUCAUUUUAAGUGAAUGUUCAAUGCCAGACAUUGGAGUAUGUAUAACUGCAGAGUGCCCGGCAAGAAUUGAUUUGCAAGGUGGUUGGUCUGAUACUCCACCUGUAUGCUAUGAGCUUGGAGGAUCGGUUGUUAAUAUUGCUGUGCUUGUUGAUGGAAAGAAACCCAUUGGUGCUCAAGCAUUUCGAACUGAAAAGCCUAUUAUACAUCUGAAGAUAAAACUAAAGGAAAUGUAUCAUGAAAUUUUGAUUGAAGAGAUGAAGGAUAUUUUAAAUUAUGACCAGCCAAAUGCUCCAGGGGCUCUCUUAAAAGCUGCUUUAAUAUAUUCUAAUAUUGUGGAUAUUCAUUCUGAGCAUUCGUUAUGUGACCAACUGUUUUCCAAGUUUGGUGGAGGCUUUGUAGUACAGACAUGGUCCCUUCUUCCUCAAGGAUGUGGUAUGGGAACUAGUAGCAUAUUAGCAAGUGCUGUCAUCAGUGUUUUGUGGUAUGUUACAGGAAAAAAGUUUAACAAAUUGUCUGUUGUGCAUGCUGUGCUUCACAUUGAACAGCUUCUAACAACUGGAGGAGGGUGGCAGGAUCAAGUGUCUGGAGUCAUGGGUGGAAUAAAUAGAGGAUUUUCUGAAGCCACUCUUCCCCUGCAUGUGCAGGUUAAGCCAUUGCAAUUAUCUGAAAACAUUGUUGACAAAUUGAAUUCACAUUUACUACUAAUUUAUACAGGAAAAGUGAGACUGGCUAAAAACCUCUUGCAGACAGUUAUUCGCAACUGGUAUGCAAGAGAUGAUACAGUUGUAAAAUGCUUUAAGAACUUAAUUACUUAUUCUAUGCAGAUGAAAGAAGCUUUGCAAAAAGGUGAUUUAGAAAAGGUGGGACAUUUGAUGAAUACAUAUUGGGAACAAAAGAAAAUUCUUGCACCUGGGUGUGAACCAGCCAAUGUAAAGAGAAUAAUGGAUCUUCUCAGGCCAUUGUGUUUUGGACAACUAUUAGUAGGAGCUGGAGGCGGAGGUUUUAUGUGCAUAUUAACGCAAGAGGAAAAUGCUCUGGAAAUAGUUAGAACUCGUCUUUCAAGCUUAAUGGAAAAUAGCAAAAUAGAAGUUCAUACUCCAACCAUUGAUCUAGCUGGAUUAAGCAUUCAUUGGAAUUUUUACAGAAAGUAUUAUGGCAAAAAAUAAUAAUAAUA